AUGAGGAAUUUCGAUUACGGGAGUGACGAAGCGGUUCAAGAGUCGAAGAAGGGUGGAGAACGCGAUGCUUCUGUGAGUUUGUCAUCGCCGGAGAGAUCGAGGAUUCGUAAAAGCGUUGAAGGGAUAUCGAUGUUGGCAUCUACAGAGGUGUCGAAGGCGUCGAAAACAAGGCGGGGAACUUCAUAUGGGUCGCCUGCGUCAUCUCCGGAGAAGACCACGAGGAGGGGAACUUCAUAUGGGUCGCCAUCUCCGGUGAAGGCCACGAGGCGUGGUUCAACUCUGUCUCCUAGAGUUUCGAAGAAGCAGAAGGUAAAUGUGGCUCCUUCUGGUGAUGACAGAGAAGAAUGGCCAGAGACUGAGAUGUUGGCAUCAACAGUUGCGAAGAAGACAAGGCGGGGAACUUCAUAUGGCGGGUCGCCUGUGUCUCCUAGACAAUCGAAGAAGCAGAAGGUAAACUCGGAGAGGAGUCUAGGUGAUGAUGGUGAUGACAGAGAAGAAUUUCUCCAGAUUGAGGAAUUUGGGGAUAUAGGUGAUGAUGGUAGGGAAGAUGAGGACGGUAUUGCUGGCAUUGAGGAAGUUGGUUGUACAGAUUUGAGUCUUUAUUUUGGUGAUAAAGCAAAAAAUGAUGACUGUGAGGUUGAUGAAGACGAAGGCGAUGAUGAUGCAUGGGAUGAUGAUAAAAUCCCUGAUCCUGUGUCAUCAGAUGAUGAGAAUGAAGAGGAGAUGAGACCUGCGCAAGCUUACAGAGAAGACACUGAUCCAGAGGAGCUCCUUCAGCUAGGCAAGACAUUUUCAGAUGCUGAGGACUUCAAACAUGCUUGUCUGAGGUAUACCCUGAAAACCAGAUACAACAUCAAGUACUACAGAUCCAGUAGCUUGAAGAUGGGUGCAAAAUGUGCCGCUGAGAUGAGAGAUGAUGAGGCUCCUUGUCCCUGGAUGGUCUACUGUUCGUAUGAUAGGAGGAAACAGAAGUUGAUGGUAAAGACAUACGUCAAUGACCAUAAGUGUGAGAGGACAGGGUAUUCCAAGAUACUUAAGAGGUCAGCAAUUGCAAGUCUAUUUGCUGAGAGGUUAAGGCUGAAUCCUAAGCUCACGGCAAAGGAGAUACAGGCUGAGAUAUUGAGGGAGUAUAAGAUGGAAGUUUUAGAAAACUCAUGCAUUAAGGCCAAGACGAAGGUGAUGAAAGAAAGGAGGAAGACCCAUGAAGAGCAUUUUGAUAAAAUCUGGGAUUACCAAGCAGAGAUAUUGAGGAGCAAUCCUGGAUCAACCAUGGAAAUUGAGACCAUACCAGGAGCCACGGUUGGAAGCAAGCAGCGGUUCUAUAGACUCUACAUGUGUUUCCAAGCACAAAAGGAAGCAUGGAAGAAGACUUGUAGGCCUGUUAUUGGCUUAGAUGGAGCCUUUUUGAAAUGGGACAUCAAGGGACAGUUGUUGGCUGCGGUUGGAAGAGAUGGAGACAAUAGGAUUGUCCCUAUUGCUUGGGCUGUAGUGGAGAUAGAGAAUGAUACAAACUGGGAUUGGUUUGUGAAGCGUUUGGCCUUGGAUUUGGGAUUGGAAAAUGGGAACGGCUUUGUUAUAAUGUCUGACAAACAAAAGGGAUUAGUGAAGGCAGUUCAUACCCUCCUUCCAGAAGCUGAGCAUAGACAGUGUUGUCGCCAUAUCUACGAGAACUGGAGGAAAGGUGGAAAAGAUCUAAGGUUACAGAGGUUCUUCUGGUUCAUUGCAAGGAGCUACACUCCUGGUAUGUUCAACUACAACAUGGACGAGCUUAAGAACUAUGAUCCUGGCGCACAUGCAUCUCUGAUAAAGACAAAGCCAGAGACUUGGUCUAGAGCUUUCUUCAAGAUAGGCUCCUACUGCAAUGAUAAUCUGAACAACUUGUGUGAGUCCUUCAACAAGACCAUCAGGGAGCCUAGGAAGAAACCUCUGCUAGACAUGUUAGAGGAGAUUAGGCGCCAAUGUAUGACUAGGAACUACAAUAGGUCUAAGAUGGCUAAGGACAGGAAGACUAGGUUCACCCCGAAGACACAUAAAGAGUUAGACAGGGUUGAGAAGAAGUCAAAAGAAUGUAGUCUGCGUUGGGCAAUUGGGCCAGAGACUGAGGUGGAAGAUAGAGACCAGUCUUAUGUGGUGAAUUUGGAGAAUGAGACUUGUGCAUGUCGAAGCUGGCAAAUGAAUGGUAUUCCAUGCAUCCAUGCUGCUAAGGUCAUCCUUGGCGUGGGAAGAAAAGUCUCUGAAUUUGUUGCUCCUUUCUACACAACCUCUAAGUGGCGUGAAACCUACAGUUUUGGGAUCAGACCUGUAAAUGGGAUGAUAGAGUGGCCUCGGACCAAUAGAUUAGGUGUGAUUCCACCACCUAAUCGAAAUGGCAAGCCUGGUAGGCCUAAAAACCAUGAUCGAAAGAAGGGAACCAAUGAGACAGUGUCUACUACCAAGCUGAGUCGUGCGAACAGGGUAAUGACAUGCUCUAAUUGCAAAGAAGAAGGGCACUACAAGAAUACAUGUCGGAAGGCUUUUGUUGAGAGUCCACCUAAGAAACCAAGAGGCAGACCAAGGAAAUAUCAGGUUAGGGUCUUAGUUUCUAUCUCAUUGUUUUUUAGCUCUCGGUAAUGUGUCUAACAAUUCAUUUAUAUGUUGCAGGGACUACACUUUGGCGAGUCACAAGCUCAAUCCUCAGAAGCUCAAACCUCACAAAAUCAAUCCUCAGCAUGGGAAGUUCCU